GCUAUGGCAACUCUGGGCGCAGCAACAGCAUGCGUCCCUACCUCCGGCGUCAGGUGCGUGCCAGCGUUUGCCGCCGCGCCGGAGCCGAUCAGGACCGCCCCGCGUCCCGCCGCCUCCCCGAAGCGACCCGCGACGGGCGGCGCGAGGCUGUCGGCCAGGUUCAGGACGGCGGCGGCGGCGCACAAGGUGAAGCUCGUCGGGCCCGAUGGCGCGGAGACGGAGCUGGAGGUGGCGGAGGACGCCUACAUCCUGGACGCGGCGGAGGAGGCCGGCGUGGAGCUGCCCUACUCGUGCCGGGCCGGGUCGUGCUCGACGUGCGCGGGGAAGCUGGCGUCCGGCGAGGUGGACCAGACGGACGGGUCGUUCCUGGACGACGCGCAGAUGGCCGAGGGCUACGUGCUCACCUGCGUCGCCUACCCCCGGGCGGACUGCGUCAUCUACACCCACAAGGAAGAGGAGGUGCAUUAGAUUAGCUAGACCAAUCCGUGCCAGAGUUUUCGUGUUGUGUCCGACGGUUCGUGUCUUGCAGAUGUACGGUGCUGUGUAGUGUAGUGGAGUAGUAUCUGAUGGGCUAAUAAGCCACGGCGACGAAGCCGAGCACGUCGAG